AUGAAGUAUCCUCUUCUGUUAUUGGCCAGCAUGAGCUUGGCCCACGGCCUGGCCUUGUACGCCACCACAUAUCCGUUUGUGUACUCCGCCGAGGGUUCUGCCGUGUUCACACCCACACAGCGGCAGUAUAUCACCCAGGAUCAGUUGGGUCAGUAUUCCUACGGUUAUGCGGAACCGCUGUCCAGCAAGCAAGAGACCCGCACUCUAGAUGGCAUCACCCGGGGCAGCUACAGUUACAGGGAUGCGGCGGGCAAACUCCAAACCGUUGACUAUGUGGCUGACAACGAGGGUUUCCAUGUCGCUGCCACCAAUCUGCCCAAGGCUAUAGUCCCACUGGAAUCACUGGGAAUCUCCGGAAGAAGCGCUAGCCCAGGUGGAGUCCAUCCUGUGGAGCAUCCAGGAGUGGUGCCAAAUCCCGUUGUCUCACAUCAAGUUCCCGUUCAGCAUUCUGUAGAGUCCCAUCAUCAUCCAACUGUCGUGGAGACUGGUCGCAGUGCUCAACCGGAGGUACAUCAUCCCGUGGAACAGUACGGCUCACCCGUAGGUGGAUCCCAUGGUGGCCAUGCUCCAUUGCCACAUCCCGUUACCGACACCGUGGAAGUGGCUGCGGCCAAAUCUCUGCAUUUGAAACGCGUCGAAGAUGAGGCGGUGCGCAACCAAGUUCUGGCCAAGAUCCCAGUGGCUCGCAGUCAUGUGGUGGUGCCAGCAACCCCGGUUUAUGGAUACACCGUCCCCAGCGAGCUUAAGAUGCACUUCCUCAAUAUCUGCCUGAUCUUCACCAUCUUUACCUGGGCUAUGGCAUCACCGCUUUUGGAGUACGGAGCACCACCGCCCAGUGGGGAUACCAUAAGUCAGUACCACACCCAGGACGAGCAUGGUCAGUACUCGUAUGGAUACAUGGCACCACUUUACUCCAAGCACGAGACCCGAACUCUGGACGGAGUGAUCCGUGGAACCUACUCUUAUCUGAGUGCCGAUGGUGCCACCCAAACGGUGGACUAUGUGGCUGAUUCCGAAGGUUUCCACGUCACCUCCAACCUUCCCAACCAGCAGGCAAAUCAGGAAACUCCUGAGGUGGCCGCCCUAAGAGCCCAGCAUCUGGAGGCCCAUCAGCAGGCCAAGUUGAGGCUGGCCGGAGACACUUCCUUUGGUCCGCAGCCGGUGCAGGAUACUCCCGAGGUGGCUGCCGCCAAGGUGGCAUUCUUCAAGCGCUUCGAGGCCGAGAAGCUGCGCAAUCAAUUGCUCGGCGAGAAAAAGAUCAAAGUGAUAUCGCCGCCAUCUCCCAUCGCCGUUCGUUCCCAGCCGGUUUAUAUCUAUCAGCCCACGACGGGAUUCGUCUACAACUAUCACACCAAGAGCCAGGCCCAGACGCCUGCCAGGAACUACCUGCCAGUAGCUUGA